AUGUCUUCAUCUUAUGGAGGAACUCACAAUCAAGAUGAGCAGAGUCCACUACUGGGUGUUGUUCAGAGCCACGCCAAGAAGCUGCAAUAUACUAUAGACAAUGACAAUGAUACUGGCUCUAUGACAAGUGGUCAUCACAUUGUAAGGCCAGCUACCUUAGUAAAACUGCCCGAGAGAGGUGCGUUGAAGCCCCCAGCUAGAUCAUACUGGUCCUACUACAUACCUGCAUUUUCGUGGAUUUCUGAAUACCAGCUAACCUAUCUUUUGGGCGAUUUCAUAGCAGGAGCGACACUUGCAAGUUUUCAAAUUCCGGUUAGUAUGAGUUAUGCAACUUCUCUAGCAAAUGUACCUACUAUUUCUGGGUUAUAUGGUCUUGUUGUACCUCCUAUUGUCUACGCAAUAUUUGGAUCGGUUCCUUUGAUGAUUGUUGGUCCAGAGGGCCCAAUUUCGCUGGUAGUUGGUCAAGCAAUGAUCCCAUACAUUCACAAGAAAGGAAAUGAAGCUAUUAUUAAUACCGCAUCUUCACUCUCCCCGUCUGAAGUAACUGGUAUCAUUGCAGGUUCGUCAGGAGCCGUUUUAUUGAGCGCUGGACUGUUAAGAUUGGGAUUUCUCGACUCGGUACUUUCUAAAGCCCUACUUCGUGGUUUCAUCUCGGCUGUGGGUUUCGUUAUGAUGGUCGAUCAGCUUCCCGCUAUUUUAGGACUGACCGACUUGAUGCAUGAAAUUACAGAGACUCAUCCAUCGCCUAUCGGUAAACUGGUGUUUCUCUUAGAACACUGGAAGAAAGCAGAUCCUUUGACAUCUAAAGUCGCAUUUUUAGCUCUUUUCACUGUGUUAACGUUAAGAAUAAUUAAGCGGAAGUACACUGGAAAGUUCAAGUUACUUCACUUUUUUCCAGAGAUAUUGUUUGUUGUCAUCAUUUCCACUGUUCUCUGUACGUAUCUGAACCUCGAUGAAGCUGGCUUAGAGGUCGUUGGUUCAAUUACGCCUGGAAAAGUCGUAGUGGAAUUCCCUAUAACCCCGAGCAAAUGGCAUGAUUUUAGAGCGAAUUUCUCUGCUUCAUUUUUUGCCGCUGUUCUUGGCUUUUUCGAAUCCACAAUUGCGGCUAAGGCCAUAGGUAGCAGAUAUGAUUGCAAUAUCUCAACCAAUCGGGAACUAGUUGCACUAGGACUGUGCAAUAUUGGUGGUAGUUUGGUCAGCGCGUUACCGUCAUUUGGGGGUUAUGCUAGAAGUAAGGUCAACGGGCUAUCAGGAGCAAAGACUCAAAUGUCUUCCAUAUUUAUGGCCCUGUUUACUGUUGUCUCUAUUGCAUACUUGAUGCCAUACUUUUUCUACUUGCCUAAAUGUGUACUUUCUUCUGUUAUUACUGUGAUUGGUUUAUCUUUGGUUGAAGAGGCCCCAGCCGAUAUAAAGUUCUACUGGAAGAUUGGUGGAUAUCAGGACUUGUUUACUCUAUUUUUAACAUUGAUAUUUACCAUGAUGUGGUCAGUUCAGACGGGCAUAGCUGUAGGUGUAUUUUUUUCGGUUGUUAGGGUGAUCAAACAUGCGACCAGACCACGCAUCCAAAUCCUUGGACGUAUACCAGGAACAAACGUUUUUCGCAAUGCGGAUGAGAACCCCGAUGCUCUGGAAGCUAUCGAAGGUUGUCUCAUAGUGAAGAUUCCAGAGCCGUUAACGUUUGCCAAUACGGGUGACCUUGCCAACAGAUUAAGAAGGCUGGAGCUCUAUGGAUCAAUGCGCGUUCACCCUUCACAUCCAAGACUGGUUGAGCAAGACCAUAUUCACUAUAUAAUUAUCGACCUUCGUGGAAUGACUGAGUGCGACUCGAGUGCCGUUCAUGCCUUACAUGAAAUAAUUGUUGGCUACAUUAACCGCAAUAUUACUGUGAUUUUCACGCGGAUGCCCCAAGACCGGGUCAUCAGAAAAAUGUUUGAGAAGUCAGGAAUAAACAAAAUCGUUGUUCGUCAAAGUAAAGGACAUGCUUUUUUUGACACAAUUGAAAAUGCUUUGAUCCAUAUUGACUCCGUUACUCCUGGAGGGAACGUUUAA